AUCAUAAAGGCUUAGAGAAUUCUAUUAUUCUCCGUGACUAUGGCAACAACAUCUAUCUGCAGCAGCUGUCCAGUUAUUUGAGUCCUGUUCUUCAAGAUUCAAGUAGAAGUCGUUGGAUAAGAUGCUGGAGAGCUGCUAGCGAUGGAUGGGAUGUGGAUUCAACAUUCCACCAACAGUGUAACAACAAAGGACCGACAGUUACCAUUGUUCGUGUUGGUAGUUACAUCUUUGGUGGCUAUUCUGAUGUAUCAUGGGAUAGUUCAAGCGCCUACACGUACUCCACCAAAGCUUUCCUGUUCUCAUUGUACAAUACAUAUGGUUACCAUCCUGUUAAGUUACUUAUUGUACAACAUCAACAGUAUGCUAUAUAUCGAUACUAUAAUUAUGGCCCUACGUUCGGUUCUGGCCAUGACAUGUGUAUAUCUAACCAUGCAUCAGGAAGAAGCAAUAGUAAUUUUCGGCCGUACGAUUACACCAUCCCGCCUGGCUGUAGCUACAGUAACUAUUGCUCGUUCUACACAGGUAACGGUCGAUUUACACCGAGUGACAUCGAGGUUUUCUAUGAAACCACCAACUAGCUAUACAAAAACAAACGGUGAAAAAGGUUUAGUGUAUUAUAUUUUUUCUAUAGAUAGUCCUGGAGGCCAGGUCUUAGCUUAAAUGUAUUUUCAAUAAAAUGAAAAUGAAAUAUUGAGUUUUCUGGAAAUAGUAGGCGUGCUCUAGGCGUGUAUCUAGAAAACCUAUCAAUGACAAUAGUAACAGGUAAAUUUUAUAGAGUAUAAUGUAUCAUCCGAGUACUUCUCUGAUAAAAAAGUAAUAUGAAUACUGGACAUUUACGUAGGAUUAUUAGUCUGCCAAUCUGUAUUUAGCGUUAAUUGCAUGGUUAAUUGAGUUUUUGCUAAUAAUAAAUAUUGUAUUUUUUCUUGUUUGA